AUGGCCUACAAGCUGGCCAAGCCAUACUCGCUGUCGCUGAUGACGUCGUGGCGGUUCCUGGCGCUGGGCCUGGCGCUAUCGCUGUGUCUGGUCUGGGCGGUCGGCCGGCCGGAACUGCGGGAUCCGCGCGAGCUGCUGGCCUCGGCCAAGGAGAAGCUGCAGGACGUGGCAGGCAGCGCGGCAGCAGCAGCAACUCCAGCCCCGGCCGUCGGUCGGCUCUCGCCCGGAGUGCGGCCGCUGGUGCUGUUUGCCUAUGCCGAGUCGGCGACAGCACGCAAAGACUUGGCUUUUUUUGUGCGCAACGGCCUGCACGGCCGUGCCGACUUUGUCUUUGUGUUCAACGGACCGACCAACGCGACGGCCAUGGUGCCGACCGGCCUCCCCAACGUCUGGACCGUGCAGCGCGACAACUCCUGCUUCGACAUGGGCGCCAUGGGCGAGGUCCUCCGGGCUGACGGGCUCUGGCGACGGUAUCGCCGCUUCAUCACGAUGAACGCGAGCCUGCGCGGCCCGUUUGUGCCAGUCUACUCGUCUGCCUGCUGGACCGACGUCUUCCUCGACCGCGUCACCGACACAAACAAGCUCGUCGGCCUCUCGCCCAACUGCUUCCCCCGACCCCACGUGCAGUCGAUGCUCUGGGCCACCGAUGCCGUCGGCAUGGCCAUCUUGCUCGACGAGUCGCGCGCCCUCUCGGUCCCGCAUGCCGACAACUUUGGCACGGUCGACGACCCGGUCGGCCUCUCGCCCUGCUAUCCCAAUUGGUUCAAGGCCGUCCACGCCGAGGUCGGCACCACCGAGCUCAUCACGGCCGCCGGCUACACCGUCGACGUCAUGCUCACGUCCUUCCACGGCCUCGCUUCCGACUUGCAGAGCUACUGCAACAUCACCGACAACGCUCAAGACCACUUCCGCAACAAGAGCUACUUCGGCUCCAACGUCCACCCCUACGAGACCGUCUUCUUCAAGGCCAACCGCAAGAUCGACGUCGCCCUGCUCGACCACUUGACCGAAUGGCACAUGAAUAUGGAGCGCACGUCCUGGGACACCUGCGGCCGGUAG